GCGUCGCGUCUCACUGCAAGAACCGAUUGCCGGAUGGGAGCCGCAAGAAUUGCGGCCACGCCAUCAUGGCAGCCAGCAUUUGCGAGAUCGGCAGGGCACUCGUGCGCCAGCAGGAUGGCAGCCCGGACCUCUCCGCCGCCCGACUCGCCUCUGACUUGCGUGUCCCAUCCCAGUUCCUACGGAGCAGCGGCGCCUUCGUCUUGACAAGGCAGCGCGCGUUUCGAAACAGUGCCGCUACAUGCCGCAUCCGCAUGCAAGACGAGCAAUGGACGAAGUCCCCCGGCGCCAACGACCUGCUCCCCGUGAUUGAGAGCUACGGGCGCUUCUACGUGAGCGGCAAG